GGUCAGUUGGAACUGUACAAAGCUGUGCUUCACAAGUAUUGGAGAAUAAUCCACGAUUAUUCUCCGCCCGGUUCGGAACAGAUGAUUCCCGAAUUCUUCACAUAGCAGUUGAGUUAGGAGAGGCCAGAAUGGGUUUCGUGGAGAAGUUGGUUAAGUUUAUGCCAAGUGAGGCACUGGAUCUGCGGGAUUCUGAUGGCGCCACUGCCCUUUUCAACGCUGCAAGGGCUGGCAAUAUAAAAGCAGUCAAGUUGUUAGUGAGCAAAAACCCACGCUUGCCCAAUAUCUGCCAACGCGACAAUUUUGCGCCUCUUCACAGCGCUGUUAGGUAUGGUCAUAAAGAGCUGACUUUAUAUUUAUUAAGCGUCACCAGAUAUAAUGAACCUCCAUAUCCUUUCUCAAAUUCGCCUGGAUUCGAACUUCUGCGCAGAGCACUAAUGGUGGGGUUUCAUGUAUUGGCUAAAAGGCCUUGGGCUUUCCCAAGUGGAAGUCGCUUCAACUUAUGGCAACUCAUAAUAUAUCAUUGUGUUCCUGUGAAACCAAACCAUUUUCUAAAUCAACCUAAUAGAGGCAUGGAGAAUCAAGUUGGUAGCUAUGAAUCCACACAAAUGUGCUAUUGGACUCGAUUGUUCAAAGCUUGCCGAAAGGUGGAUGCAAUAUUCUGGGAACUGGUUGGAUGGUUAGUACCACCCAUCAAGCACAUCCAAGAAACAAAAACAAUACAUUCUUGGACUCUUCAAUUGCUUAACCACCUAUGUACUGAAGUUUUGAAAGUAUCAAGAGCACAGGAAAUAUUUAAACAAUCCUUCAUUAUUGGGGCAAAAUAUGGGAUUCCCGAGAUUCUGCAAGAGAUUAUAAAGUCAUAUCCUUUUGUCCUCGAGUAUCUGGAUGAGGAUGUAUUCAAAUUGGCAGUAUUAAAUCGUAAUGAAAAGAUUUUCAACCUCAUCUGUGAAACCGGUAUGCAUAGACAACUUAUAAUACGAACCAAAGAUGAUUCAAAUAACAUCUUGCAUUUGGCUGGAAAAUUGGCCCCUCCGCACCGGCUCAGUCUCGUUUCUGGUGCAGCUCUACAAAUGCAACGCGAGUUACAUUGGUUUAAGGAAAUUGAAAAAUAUGCACCGAGAGCCUUCAGUGAAUAUGAGAACGAAAACGAAUAUACACCAAAAAUGGUAUUUAUAAAGGAACAUGAAAAUUUGAUAAAAGAAGGGGAGAAAUGGAUGAAAGGCACAGCAAAAUGUUACACAUUAGCAGCAGCGCUUAUUGCUACUGUAGUGUUUGCAGCAGCAAUUACCAUCCCGGGUGGCAACCGUGAUGAUACUGGCAUACCAAAUUUCUCCAAAGAAAAGGCCUUCAAAGUUUUUGCAGCUUCGGAUGCUCUUUCCCUCUUCCUAUCCAUUGCUUCGGUGCUGAUAUGCCUAUCCAUUCUCACGGCACGAUAUGCAGAGGAUGAUUUUCUUUUUGCCCUUCCCACGAGGUUGAUAUUUGGCCUUGUUACUCUAUUCCUCUCCGUAACAUUCAUGAUGAUAGCCUACAGUAGCGCAAUCUAUCUUCUCUUUGGUGAAAAGAAGGCAUGGGUUCUUAUUACCUUGGCUGCAUUAGCCUGUUCGCAAGUGACCUUGUACGGAAUUUUGCAGUUUCCCCUCCUUGUGGAAUUGAUUUAUUCCACAUACGGCCCAGGCAUUUUUGGCAAACAUAGUAAUCGUCUGAUCCAAUAGAUCGACAAUCAUGGUGAGAGUAUUCGUCACUAUUACGUACUUUGGGAUUUGCAUCAAAUUCAUGACUGAAUGUAUUGCCUUCACUAUCUCUCUCUGCUCCUGCGGACAUUUUCUCCCAGAUAUUUCAUUGUAAUUCUAACUUCUGUCAACUAUGAUGAACAGGCUUAAAGCAAACUUAUUAAACUUGGCCAAAUUGACUUUUUGGUGCAUGGCUAGCUUGGUCAAGAUGAUAGUGAUUCCUAGAAGGAAAAGAAAGGUACUAAUUGCAAAAU